CUUCUGUACUUGUAUUGAUUUCAUUAUGAAUACUAGUAUGCUUGAUUAACAGAUGUAAAUGCGAAACUAGAUCAUUUGAUGUAUUUGAUACGAAUCGGUGUCCAUGAACGGCCCAUACAGCAUGUCGUACUUGCCCGAGUUUUCACAUGUAAAGCAAAUGGUAAAGCCGGCUUGGUUGCGAUAGGCGAACGAGUGCAUCGCCUUGUAGCAGCCCUGGCAGUUGCCCUUGCUGCCCACGGCUGGUUGUUGCUGCUGGUGUUGCUGCGGUCGUUGCUGUUGCAGGAACACCAUAGGUACAUACGGCCGGUUUUCAGGACUCGCCCCACAGUCAUGACAGCCCACACACAAGUGAAAGUUGAACGUUGUGGUGGAUGCAUAAUUGGUGCCCGUGAGGGGCUUGGCACACCCGUCGCAUUGCGAGGCAAACAUCAGCUGGGAGUCCAAGUAGGGAGGCAACACAGCCUGGAACGGACCUUUCGACGCCCUCCACCACUGCGAUCGGUCGCACUGGUCGCACAGCACAAACCCAGACAGGUCGGUCAACGACAGGUGAAUGGGGCCGGAGAGCGGAAACAAGUGGCAGCCGUCGCACUGGGUGUCGUAGCGCACCGUCGUCGAGUGGUACUGCUGCUGGCGGAAGGGGCCGUGCGAAAUUUUCCACUUAGACGAAGCAUGGCACGAAGGGCAUAGGUCGAAGUCGAAUGUGGUGGUAGAGCCAAACCCGGUGGCGGUGAUGGGAACGCUGCAGCCAUCGCACACGGCAUUCGCUUUGAACAGAGCUGGAGUAUCGGCACUCUGAACGUCGAACGGGCCGUGGGACGUGGCGAACACCCCAGAAGACGCGCAAGGUUUGCACAACGCAAACCCAGCUACACGUGUGGACAGGAAAAGCGGACCAGUGAAGGGAAACAGGCCGCAGCCGUCGCAUUGGGCGUCGAGGCGUCCUGGCUUAGCUGUCGAAGUGUUGCUCAUGGGAAGUUG